CCAGCAACUCUAGUAAAGAUGGCCGCGCCCAUGCUCUAUAAAUUCACGUAAAGUUUUAUUAAUUAUUCCCAAUUCAUUCAAGCAGCAGGCGAGUUUUUGACAAUUGAGAUGGAUUUUGAGGCAGAAAAUUGGGAUGUUGGCAAUGAAGCCAGUGACCUUGACAAGAGCCUGUUCCAAAAAAAUAAGAAAAAUAGACGGAUAAAUGCAAAAAAGAGGAAAGAAGCUCAAAGAGGAACAAUGUCCCAAGAUGAUAUUGAUAAUAUUAAAAAAAGAAAACUAAACGGAGAGGAAAAAGAUAAAAUUGAAAAGCCAGAAGGCAGCACAAGUUCUCCGGCAGUUUUUGACAGUGCAGUUGUUGGAUCAUUGAGUAGAAAAGAAAAACGAGACAAGAAAUGGCAAGAGAAGAUUUUAAGAAGAAAACAAAUGAGUGGUACUAAAAGUUUAAAUGUAAGCAAUACAUUGUCAGAGCAAGAAUCUGAAUUUCCAGUUAAUAAAAGUCCAGCAAAAUGCCAGCCUUCCAACAUGAAUGAAGAUUCAACACAGAUGAGUAGAGCUGAGAAAAGGAAGGUGAAAUGGCAGAAAAUACAAGAAAAGAAGAGACUCCGGCUAGGACAGACUGAUUCAAAUAAGCAGCCAAAAGCAAAGACUGAGGUAAAUAAAAAUAAUAAACCUACUCAAGAGGUAAAAGAUGGAGGAGAUACAAGUGCAGCUGGCCAGAUAAAUAGAAAAGAACGGAAAAAACUGCAGUGGAAACAGAAAUUAAAGGAACGAAAAUUAAGCCAGAAAAAUGAGAAAGAAAUUGAUGCAGAGGGUGCAAGUAAGGAGAAAAUUGGGAAAGUUGAAAAUGAUUCAGCCUCUAAAAGUCAAAAAGAAGAUAAACAAGAAGUCAAAUCUAAAACGAAAAAGCAUGUCAAAGAAGAGAAAAAUAUAAGUGACGAAAGUAACCAAUUACACAGUCCAAAGAAAAAAGAUACAGAUGAAGAUCAAGAUAAUGAUACAAAUACAGUCACUAAUAGUGUUAAGAAGAAGGCAAAAAGAAAACGUAUCUGUAAAAGAAAUAAGUUUAAAGAAUAUGUAAAGCCAGAGGUAGAAAUUCCCAAACCAGAGUCAGAUGUGAAAAUAUCAACAGAGAUAUCAUCUCCAGAAAAAGUGGUCCAAAGUGUGAUAAAGGUAACUCAGAACAGUGAAAAAUCAGCGACUUCCAAUAAUAAAUCUUUUAAAUCGAAAAACAACAAAAAGAAAAUGAAAGAUAAUGUAGGAAAGAAAAUAAAUGAGUUAAAACAAUCCAAAAGCACUGUAGUGGAAUUGAAGAAAGAUGCAGUAGGAAAAGUAUAUGAAAACAAAGGAGUUAAGAAAAAUAGUGGACAAACCGCGAUGAAAGAGGGGAAAAAGAAUAUUUCAUUAGAUCCAAAUGUGCUAAGAAAUAUGUUUUCUCCUGUAAAAGUAAAAGCAGCAUCUUCAAAUGACAGUGCUGCUGUUACGGACAAUGAUCAAAACAAUAAUGAUAAUAAUGGUGAAGAAGAUUCAGGUUUCAGUAGGCAGAAGAAAGGUAACACAAAAGGGAAAAGCUUGCUAGAGAAAAGUAGGGAAAGGCUGAAUGCAGCUAGAUUUAGGUAUCUGAAUGAACAGCUUUACACAACAACUGGCCAGGAAGCAUUUAAAAUGUUCAAGAAUGAUGACAUAGCAUUCAGUGUGUAUCAUGAAGGGUUCCAAAGUCAAGUUGAAAAAUGGCCAACAAAUCCUAUAGAUGUUAUAAUUGAGAAAAUUCAGGCAAAACCGAAGCACCUGAUUCUGGCUGAUUUUGGCUGUGGGGAUGCAAAGCUUGCCCGAAGUGUGCCAAACCAGGUGCAUUCAUUUGACCUUGUUGCACUUAAUGACCAUGUUACAGUCUGUGAUAUCUCAAAGGUUCCAUUAAAGGAUAAAACAGUUGAUAUUGCAGUGUUCUGUUUGUCACUGAUGGGUACCAAUCUAACAUCAUAUCUCAAUGAAGCUAAUAGAAUCUUAAAGAACAAUGGUACUCUGAUGAUAGCUGAGGUAUCAAGCAGGUUCCAUAGUGUCGGCAGUUUUGUACUUAAAGUGGAAAAGAUGGGUUUUAAAAUAAAAAACCAGGAUGCUGCCAACAAGAUGUUUAUAAUGAUGGAAUUUAAGAAGACUGCUGAAUGUAAAGAUAAAACUGUUGAAGACAUAGAAUUAAAACCAUGUAUAUAUAAGAAAAGAUGAUGGAACUUGUUAAAGAUAUGUGAACUUAUAAUGUUAUGUAAGAAUUAUGCGUUAGUCAACCAUUGGAUUGGAUACAUGCUGUUAGAGUAUGAAGUUGGAAUUUAUCUAUGAACUUUAUCCAUGUAACAUUGCAAUAAGAACAUGUUUUGCUUUUAUUAAUGAAAUGUCUAUUGUAAGUGUAAGGGAUUUCUAUAACAAAUAUUAUAAUUGAGCAGGGUAUAGUGUUGUCAGUAUACAUGUGCAGAGCAUCUGCAUGGUGGCUCUAAAAUUACGAUGUUUAUCUGCCAUUGUUUUUGCUUGAUCACAAAUUGUAAAUCUUCUUUAUCUUAUAAACAAGGUAUUCACUUAUGAUCUUUGAAUGACUACAUGAAACUUUCCUAUAUAAAAAAGCAGGCAAAUAAGGUUAUAAUACAUGUAUAUAUGCAUGUUGUGAAUGGAGUAAUUAUUCCAAUUCUAAUAACUUAAUAGCCUGAAUGUAUAUGGAUUUAUAACUUAAUAUGUAAAAUGAUGAACUCAGGAUCAGUUUUAAGUCAAAGCAAUUUUUAAAUCCAGGCAGCUAUGUUUUAUUAUUCUUGGGAUAGGAUUUCAUACUUUUAAUGAUACAUGUUUUUAGGAUUAUUUUUGUUAGAAAUACAAUGUAUUUUAUCAUUAUACAACUUGUGUUAAUGAUACAAAUAAAUGAUUUUAAAUUUC